AUGGGUGACCGCUUAGAAAUACCAGGUACUGUAAGAUUGGAUGUGCAUGUGAUACGGGAUACGGCUAUUGCACCUGAUCUAUCUAUCUAUCUAUCUAUCUAUCUAUCUAUCUAUCUAUCUAUCUACAAAUUAUGUGCAAUAGCUCUAAAAUUAAAUUCUGCUGCCAUCAUUCCUAACCCUAAUAAAAUGCAACGUCAGCCGGUCCCCCUAGUUCACCUGGGUCCCCAUCCCCGCAUCUUUCCAUUCCCUCUGCCCUACCCACUAAACAUCCUCCAAUCGCCUACCCUUUUCCAGUGUCGAUCGCCAUUCGGCAAUGCUAACCUCCUCUUUCCUUUUGUUCCCCGCCUAAUGUCGCUUUUACUUGUUCUUACUCCCUUUUGUUCGCAUAAUUGCAUUAUUCUUUUUCUUUUUGACUUAUUUUCUUUCUUUCCUUCCUUCUCAAUGACAUACCAUUUCUUUCUUUCUUUCUUUCUUUCUUUCUUUCUUUCUUUCUUUCUUUCUUUCUUUCUUUCUUUCUUUCUUUCUUUCUUUCUUUCUUUCUUUUGCAUUUAG